AUGUGGAACAGCGGCAAGAAAGAUGACAGCCCAACCAAGGGCGGGUAGGGCACAAGAAGCACUGUUGCGAGAUUCGCUGAACCUUUGGCCCUGACGUCGGUCUUCCCCUAUUUGCCUGAAAUGAUAGAGAGUUUCGGCGUCGAGAAGACGGAAAUCGCAAGAUGGGCCGGCGUCACCGGCUCUGUCUUCUCAUUGUCGCAAAGCAUCACGGCCGUCCCAUGGGGAAGGGCAUCAGACAAGUUUGGCCGAAAGCCUGUCAUAUUAGUUGGCCUCGCGAGUACGAUGGUCUGUUUCAUGUUCUGGGGGCUAUCAACCAGUCUGCCAAUGGCCAUCAUUGUGAGAGGCAUCAUGGGAGGAGGAAACGGCAAUGUUGGUAUCAUCAGGACAAUGGUAGCCGAGAUGGUUCCCGAAAAGGAGCUACAGCCUAGGGCGUUCUCCAUCAUGCCGCUGGUGUGGUCCGUGGGAAGUGUAUUUGGACCUGCUUUCGGAGGGUUUUUCGCUCGACCGGCUGAGCAGUAUCCCGGAUUGUUUGGGAAUUUUGAGUUUUUCAAGAGAUACCCCUUUGCCCUCCCAAAUAUCGUGGCUUGUUUUGUGUUCUUUAUUUCUUUGAUGGCCGGGCUUCUCUUCCUCAAGGAAACUCAUGAAAACAAACGUCACUCCAGGGACUGGGGCUUGAUCUUGGGAGAAAAGUUGACUCGCACCUUCCACAGAUCGAAGCAUCAGCGGCAACACAGGCGGUCUUUCGUCGAUGACGAAGCCCAAGCACCUCUGCUUCCACAGGCGGCGGACAUGACUAGUUCAAAGAAGGUCAACGUCCGUACUGGACCGCCGUCGGCGAGCGAGAUCUUCACGUCUCAGACCAUUAUCAACCUCGUGUCAUAUACAUUCCUCGCACUACACUCCGUCGCGUUCGACCAGGUUCUACCCGUCUUUCUAAACUAUCCCAAGCAAGUUCCCGACGAGCAUAAUACCCAACUCCCUUUCAGGUUCUCAGGCGGCUUUGGGCUCGGCUCCGACCGAAUCGGCACCAUUUUUACCGUUUACGGCAUUGCAUGCGGCUUCAUCCAGUUCUUCGUCUUUCCACCACUUUGCACACGUUUCGGUGUGCUGAACUGCUUCAAAGUAGCUGCUCUGAUCUUCCCAAUAAUCUAUCUUCUGGUCCCUUACACCGCGCUGGUCCAAGAUGACCACCUCCGCUACACCCUCUUCCUCGCCCUCAUGCUUGCCAAGGGCUGCGUCGUCAUCAUCGGCUUCCCGUGCACCACCAUCCUGCUCACCAACUCGGCCGCCUCCCUCCGCAUCCUCGGCACGCUGAACGGCUUCGCCACCGCCUUCAGCGGCCUGGGCAGGGCCGCGGGCCCGGCCAUGACCGGCGCAGUCUUCACCGUCGGCGUGCGCAAGGGCUACAUGAUCUUCCCCUGGUGGCUCCUCGCCGCCGUCUCCCUCGUCGGCGCCAUCCCGGUCUGGUUCAUCGUCGAUGGCCCGGGCCCGACGCCAGCACCGGACACGGACGAUGACGAGGACGGGGACGAAGAGGAGGAGGAAGAGGACAACACGCUAGAUGGUGCCGGUGCCGAGGACGAGGCAGAAACCCGCUUCAUCACUAGCUCGGAAGACCUCAUCCUGAUGGAACCCGAGGAACUGGCCUCGGAGUCGGACAGCGACGGCGAUGCGUUUAAUCUUCCCUCCCAGGUGAGGAUGCGGCCGGUGUCUGCCGGAAGCCAGAGUGUGGAACACGAUAGCCGAGAACGAGGAUUGGCACACGGCACGGGUAACGGAGCCUGAAUAAAGCUAUAGUUUGUUGCAUUUCGAGAGGAGUUUGUUGGGGAGGUGGCGGUGGUGCUGUCCUUGCAUUCGAUAGAUGAUACCCUUUGGGAACCGACGACACACUCGAGUACUUUGUUUGGCAUGCAUUGGACGUGAAAACACAGCAUUCCCUGGUUAAGCAUUUCCAUGAGAGGCAUUUAAAGGUUUCUUGAUUUGAAUAAAGCUAGAUAGAUCCUGGCGGGAAGACUAAUGUG